UUCCUUAACGUACUCUUUGGGCACUUGAAUUCGUCUGCCUCUCUCGCCGUAGUCUCUACUAACAGUAAUCUUAACGUUUUAGUUGUAUUCUCUCAGUAGACUCUAAUCAUAUGGGUAUGUUGAUGGAUCCGGCCUUACUUUGGCGUGUGACAUCAGUACAAAAGUUCGUCUUUCGGGCUUCUUGGUUGGCUAACGUCAGUAAACGUAAGGUUAGCUUAUGCUAAGUUCGCUAGCAUAUGCUAACGUAAACCGGUGAAGUAAAGUAGCGAUAACUAUCUGAUACACCGAUUUACAUCAUAUGGACUGUUUUUGAUGAAUUGUUUUCCUUAUAGCCAUCUGAGUACCGCUUGGUUACGCUAAAUCCCGUGCCAAUCUACCUGGUUUGUAAGCUAAACGCUAACUUUAGCAUUAGCACCACCUGGUUGAGUCUGCCCUGAUUUAUCUCAAACAGCAGCAGUAUCACCUGCUGCCAAAAUGAUGGACUUUGAUAAUAUAUUGGACAUCGCCUCGCAAAAUCCGAGCACCAGCAAUGUACAAAAGAGAUACAGUUUACAAGCUGCACCACCCAAAAAGUACCCGAGGUCAAAAGGUGUAAAUCCUUCAGCUGUGCAGGCGCUUCUGAAGAAACAAACCUGUGACACGAUAAAGAAAGAAGUCCAAAUGAAGAAAAAGAAGGAGGAACUACUAGCAAAGAGGGUUGAGUUGAAGUCGGACCGUAAAGCACGAGCCAUGGCUUCCAGGACUAAGGACAAUUUCCGAGGCUACAAUGGCAUCCCGGUGGUCGAGCUUCCUAAGAAGAGAAGAUCAAAGCUAGAGAUGCAGCAAGAAAGGUCGAUGAAUGAGGAGGGCUUUAGGAAUAACUCAAUUGACCCAGAUGAUGAGGACAAUUAUGAGUAUGAACAGUCGGAUUCAGAAUCAGAGCCAGAACUACGGAGACCUGGGAAAACCACAGGUUAUAGUGGUGGUAGCAGCAGCAGCAGCAGCAAGCCCUCCUCUAAAAAAUCCAGUGGGCCACCCAAGCCCGCUCCGCCUCCCAUGAACUUUGCAGAGUUACUCAAAUUAGCAGAGAAGAAGCAGUUUGAGCCGGUUGAGGUGAAAGCCAAGGCCGCGAAAAAUGAUGACAGGCUCCGGACAGCUGACGAGAUAAGGGAGCUGGAGCUGGAGCGCAGGGCUAAGAGACCGAACAAAGACUCGAAGACAGACAGAGACAGAGAUGGCAAAUCUCAGUCCAGCUCUAGUUCAGUGAGAAAAAACACUUUUGAGAAGGAGCAGAAAAGCUGCAAACCACAAAAGGCCUCCCUGGAAAAGCAACGUCCUCCCAGUGGGUCAGGAAAGAAGUUGCAUCCGACACCGACGAGCGAUAAAGGCCAGACUUCUUCCAAGCCCUCUGUUGGUGGCAGAGAAAGAGAGAGACCCAAGAUGUCUCACAGCGAUCGAGACAGAUCGAAGACAAACCUUUCUAGUUCGUCCGGUGCUGUGAACGGUAAAGGUACUUCGAAAGCCACAUCUUCUCAGGUUUCAGCCAAGCAAGGGGGGCUCAAGCCCUCAUCGAGCCACAAAUCCAGCGCUUCAAGUGACCUUAUCCUUAAAAAAGAAAGCUCAUCAAGAGCCUCAGGUAUUCCUGGGACCAGGACUCCUGGUUCAGCUGUAACAGGCCAAAGAUCUCAACCUGGGAGCUCCCAACAGACCAGGCCCAGUCAGGGUGGCUCAUUGAAGCAGGGACCUAUAGUCGGGGGCCACAAGUCUGGAAAGGGAGAACCACUAAGGCCUAGAAUUAACUCUGCUGUCAAAUCCAGCGGUAAUUCGGUGAUGAGGCCUUCAUCGGGCGGCCCUCCUAAGGCAGGGAGCCAACCUCAGUCGAGGCCUGAAGGCACACUCCAGGCAAGAGCUGGCGGGGUCCCACAGGCGAGGCCUGGUGGGAGUGGCCUACAGGGUCACCCUCGAGGUGGUGGAUCCCGACCUCCGGGGAUGGGACCUGGUCGGCCUGGAAUUGGAGGACCAGUACCUGGGCGACCGACUGGCAGCAUCGGAUCAGGACCUGGAAGAACCACGUGCACCGUGGUGUCUGAGACCAUUUCAUCCAAGAAUUUUGGUGGACCCAGACCGGGAGUCCCUCCUCGGCCAGGCAUGCCACAGAGACCCGGGAUGCCACCCAGACCCGGGAUGCCACCCAGACCAGGAAUGCCACAGAGACCUAUGAUGAACAGACCUCCAGGUCCAAUGUUGCCACCUAUCACCUCUGCAUACAAGAGGAAAUACGAGGAAGAGGAAGACGAGUGUGACUCAGAAAUGGAGGAUUUUAUCGAUGAUGUAGAUGAACCGCAGGACGACAUUUCCAGGCAUAUUAAGGAAAUCUUUGGCUAUGAUAAGAACAAGUACAGGGACGAGAGCGACUACGCACUUAAAUUCAUGGAGAGCAGCUGGAGAGAUAUGCAGAAAGAGGAGGCCAGGAGCCUGAGAAUGGCUGUGCAGGAAGAUCUGGAGGAGGAGAAAAGGGACCAAGUCGACCUGAACAUGCAAAAGGCCAAGAGGAAAAAAAAGAACUGAAGCCCCCUUUUUUGUCGUUGAGAGGAAUAAAAACAACCAAACAAUCCUGUGUCUGCUGAAACAGGACGGGCGGUCUGCCAUGACACUCAGCGACUGUGUCCACCUCACCGUGUGUCUUUCUCGCUGCUUCUCUCAAUAUGAUUGGACCAAAACUGAGUGGAGUGGCUCACGGCAUCCAGAGGGAAAGAAAACAAUGUUAGACAAAGACAACCUGAAAAAGACAAAAUAUGAACAAAUCAUUCAGGCAUUAGUCUGUGACAAAAAAAUCUCACUUUCCCUGUUAUACUAUUUAUUUACCCCACUGUGCAGUGAUCUCAAUUUCUUAAAAGGACCUGAGAACUGUAAAUAUGGAAGUGUGUUUUUUUUUUUUUUUUUUUUUUUU